AUGCCUUCAGUGGAUGAUAUCAUGCCUGUCUUAGAUACGAAUGUCAUCUCAGCCAAGGGUAAAGAAACUCUAGAAAAGGUGAAAUUGUUCAUGCAGGACCAUGUCUACCCAGCUGAAGCAGUGUAUACUCAACAGCUAGAAGAGUCAUCAACAAAAUGGUGUGUUCCACCAGUCAUAGAAGAACUGAAAAGUAAGGCCAGAUCACAGGGACUCUGGAAUCUGUUUUUACCUGGUAUAAGUGGACUGAGUGUGUUGGAAUAUGCAUUGAUUGCAGAAGAGACCGGCAAGUCACGAAUUGGUCCAGAAGCCUUUAACUGUUCUGCUCCUGGGCUGGAGCCACUAUUAGAAGGAAAGAUUAGAUCUUGUUUUUCAAUGACUGAACCUCAAGUUGCUUCCAGUGAUGCCACUAAUAUGGAGUGCACCAUUCAAAGAGAUGGCAAUAGUUUUGUUAUCAAUGGAAGAAAAUGGUGGAGCAGUGGUGCUGGAGAUCCACGAUGUAAAGUUGCUAUACUGAUGGGAAGAACUGGUGAUGAUUCUACACCAAGGCACAAGCGACACAGUAUGAUUCUUGUGCCACUUGAUACCCCUGGAGUGAAAAUUGUCAGAAUGUUGCAAGUUUUUGGGAAUGACCAAGCCCCACAUGGACAUGCUGAGUUUGAGUUCAAGAAUGUUCGAGUACCUCUAUCAAAUAUAAUACUUGGUGAAGGUAGAGGUUUUGAGAUUGCACAAGGACGUCUAGGACCUGGUCGUAUUCAUCACUGCAUGAGGUGUAUUGGUGUUUCGGAGAUAACCUUAGCUAUGAUGUGUGCUAGAGUUCAUCAAAGAUCACCAUUCGGCAAAACAUUAGCCCACCAGGGUGUAGUGCAGCAACAAAUAGCUGAAAGUCGAUUGGAAAUUGAAGCUAUGAGAUUGAUGGUGCUUAAAGCCGCAUAUACCAUUGAUAAGUAUGGAGUAAAAGCUGCAAGAAAACAGGUUGGAAUGAUUAAGAUAAUGGUUCCACGUACAACACUUAAGAUUAUAGAUCGUGCUAUCCAAAUACAUGGAGGUGCUGGUGUUUCACAGGACUACCCACUAUCAGAGAUGUUUGCUUUGAUCCGGACAUUAAGGAUUGCUGAUGGUCCAGAUGAAGUCCAUCUGAUGUCGCUUGGUCUCCAAGAAAUGAGAGAUCAGAUGCAAAAAUCCAGACUAUAA